AGACAAAUCUUUCGUAAAAUGGUGAAUAAGUUGGAUUGUUAACUAAAGCAUUGUUAUUUGGUAAUACAGUCUCGUAAAUGAAACAAUGUAUCUACGAUAUUUAACAAAUACAUAUAAAUUCAUAAUUUCGUUUACUUUCAGUACAUUACAACAUGUAGAAUGUGUUUGAAAGGAGCUAUGCGAUCGGUACAGUCUAUAGGAAGCUUACGAUAUGGCUCAAGAGAACGUUUGUUAUCGCAUAUACUUCGGCCAACAUCGAUGGAGUUGCUCGGUGUACAAAUGCAAUCGAUUCGAUUGUAUUCAAACCCAGCAAGACGGCCGAGUUUCCUAUCUCAGUUUGUGGAGAAUAUUAAACAAGAGAUGCAGAAGAAUAAGGAAAUGAAACAAUCUUUAGAAAAAUUUAGAGAAGAAGCUCAGAAACUGGAACAGUCAGAGGCAUUACGAAUGGCACGGCAAAAGUUCAAUACUGUCGAGUCAGAAGCUAGUAAAAGUUCAGAAAUUAUUAAGGAGAAACUGGAUACAAUUAAAGAAAAAGUGCAAGAAGUUAUCGAGGAUGCAAGUAAAACUGAAUUGGGUAAACGUGCCGGACAGCUGGGUGAAGAGAUCACCAAAUCAGCCAGAGAUGCGGCAGAAGCAAUCUCCGAGAAAAGCCAAGCACUUGGUAAGACCGGUGCAUUUCAAACGAUAUCAGACACUGCGGAGGCUGUACGGAAUGAACUUGACGAACACGGAAUUCUAGGCCAAGUUUAUGUUCCACCUAAAAAGCUACGAAAAAGGAAGGAAGUAACGAUAGAGCCUAAAGAUAUUAUGCCUGAUCAGAAAACAACAGGUAUGGAAAUACAUAAAGACUUUGUGUUUUCCAAUGCUUGGCAAAAAUUUAAGGAUAACAACCCAUACGUGAAUAAGGUAAUGGACUGGAAGAUAAAGUAUGAUGAGUCAGAUAAUGCCGUACUGCGCGCUUCCAGAUUACUUACAGACAAAGUUACGGAUAUCAUAGGCGGAUUAUUUCAAAAGACCGAACUGUCAGAGACUCUGACAGAGAUCUGUAAAUUGGAUCCUAAUUUCAGCAGAAUACAAUUUUUGAAAGAUUGCGAGACUGACUUUAUCCCAAAUAUUCUCGAGGCGAUGGUCAGGGGAGAUCUAGAGAUUUUGAAGGAUUGGUGUCAUGAAGCGCCUUAUAAUGUAAUCGCACAACCACUUAAAGAAGUACAAAAACUAGGAUACCAUUUGGAUAGCAAAAUUUUAGAUAUUGACCAUGUGGAUUUAAUGAUGGGCAAGAUGAUGGAGCAAGGUCCAGUUUUGAUCAUCAGUUUCCAAUGUCAGCAAAUCAUGUGCGUGAGAAAUUCGAAGAACGAAGUAGUUGAAGGAAAUCCACAAAAAGUAAUGCGUGUUAAUUAUGUUUGGGUAUUGUGUCGCGAUCGAACGGAACUUAAUCCCAAAGCUGCGUGGCGUUUACUCGAUCUCAGUGCUACUAGUUCGGAGCAGUUGGUAUAGUGAUAUAAAAGUGCAACAUAAGCUGUUCAAAAAUUCAGAUGACCAAGUGAUCACAUAGUGGAAUCUUCAUACACUUAUUGCUAAAUCAUUCGCGCAUUAUUAUAAAAUAAGUAAUGAUACAUGGAAUUCUUUAAUGAAUUUUGAUCAUCGAUCUAGUGUACAUAUAGUGCACAGCACAUUUCCUGUAAAAAUUGGAAUGUUUAUUUAUAUUCACAAGAUUCUUAACAAGUAGCAUAUAUAAAUUUCAGUUAUAUGAUGUAAGUAUAUAUGCAUGUGUGCUAAGUAUUGCAAAAAGUUCUCUUAUAAAAUAAUAUAUUUGUAAAUAUAUAGUUGAAAACACACACAGAAAGGUUACAUAGACACUUCUCUUCAAUGAGUUUAGAAUAGAUAAAUUAUGAGAAUCAUAAGAUUUUUAUUUAUUGGGAACUUAUUAAAAUGAAGAAUGUUGUCAACCUUUUUACCAUUGAUUUUAUAUUGAAAUCAUUGGGAUUAAAAUAAUGUCUGUUCAUAUGUGCAUAUACGGAAAAAAGAUCGAAUAAUAAGUAAUCACGGAAUUGUUUAUGUUAUUAUAUUAUGUACUUUAUAUCAAAAUUUUCAUACAUGCAAACAUAUACAUACAUAUAAACGCUUACACAUACACGCACGUACGCACGUCUUCGAAUUUAGAACGUUAAAUAUAAAAAUUUUAAUUUCAUAUAAAUUUAUAAAAUGCUAUUAAUUUCCAUACGUUGUUCACGAAUGAAUCUUGCAGCCUACUUCAAGAUCAUAUUAUGUAUUUAUAUCAAAGUUCGUCGCAUACACUAUUAACAAAUUAUUUAAUCUCUCAAAUUGUUUUAUUUCUUUCAAUAGUAAUUUAAAUGACGUUAAAGUAAAAGAUUCCUAAUCAAUGUAUAAUAUAUCUAUGAUAGAUUAAAAGAAUAUUCCAAUGACAUUAACACACUCAACAGUUGUUUCUUGAAUAUUUUCUUUGUCUAUUUUAUACUUCCAUAUACAAUAUGAAAACAUUUAAUGUUUAAAAUUAAAAAAAUUGCGAUAAAUUGAUUCGACAUUUUUAUUACGCAAAGAAUGAAUUUAAUUCGUUCCAUGAAACAGUAAUUAAAAUUUCAAUUAUGAUUUGUCACCCCAUAUAUAAAUAUGUACAUACAUAUGAACCAAUAUAACUUUUACCGAUAGUAAUGUAUAGUCAUGAAAUUGUUAAGAGAACUGUUAAUUAUUUUUUAAGGUUAUACGAUUUUAACUCGGAUCAAUUCGAGGAAAAAAUAAAAUGACAUUUCAUGGACAAUG